AUGGAGGUCCAAAGGAGAAGUUUUGUUAGGUAUAUCAUACUUAUCAGUUCGCAUUUCUUGAUCACCUCCAUUCUAUGCAAUCAGCAAGCUUUGAACUUUACGGUAAUUUGCAUGCAGGAUGUGGUGGAUUCUCAAGCUAAGAUUAAUCCAGCACAUCGACACUGGCUGAAUGAUCCGGCAAAGAAAAAUGCGCUUUUCUCCGUUGUUGCUGUUGGUACAUUAAUUGGAUUGGCGCCCAUUGUUCCAGCUAUGCAGCGGAUUGGACUCAGAGUUGGAGAGAUGAUGAUACGACAGCUAGCAUCUGAAUAA